CAACAUGAGCACGCGAAAGAAGGUUGACAACAGAAUUCGCGUUCUUAUUGAGAAUGGAAUUGCUCUGCGCCACAGGACGAUGUUUGUAAUAGUUGGAGACAAAGGAAAAGAUCAGGUAGUCAUCCUACAUCACAUGCUAUCAAAGGCAGCCGUCAAAGCACGACCAUCAGUACUCUGGUGCUACAAGAAAGAACUUGGUUUCAGCACCCAUCGUAAAAAGAGAAUGCGUCAACUACAGAAGAAAAUCAAGAGUGGCACGUUGGGUUUGAAUCAUGACGAUCCCUUUGAACUGUUCAUUUCGUCAACUCAAAUUCGUUACACGUACUACAAAGAGACACAUAAGAUAUUAGGCAGCACGUACGGCAUGUGUGUUCUUCAAGACUUCGAAGCUCUCACACCGAAUUUGCUGGCGAGAACGAUCGAGACGGUAGAAGGUGGCGGCAUCGUUGCCAUUUUGUUACGGACCAUGACGUCUCUGAAGCAGCUCUACACGAUGACAAUGGAUGUUCACGCACGUUAUAGAACAGAAGCACAUCAGGAUGUCAUCGGACGCUUCAACGAAAGGUUUCUACUAUCACUAGCUUCGUGCCAGUCCUGCCUCGUCAUAGACGACCAGUUGAAUGUACUGCCCAUAUCGACUCAGACACUGUCAAUCCUUCCAGCGAAAGCAACAGCUUCGGAAUCCGAGAGCAAAUCAGAGCUCACAGAGCUGCAACAAUCAUUAGCAGACACUCAACCGGUUGGAGUUAUAGUCGGAUGUGCACAUACGUCAGAUCAAGCCAAAGCCGUUCUCAAAUUUAUCGAAGCUAUUUCUGAAAAGACACUUCGAAGCACAGUUGCGUUGACUGCGGCUCGUGGACGAGGAAAAUCUGCGGCACUCGGCCUGGCGAUCGCCUCAGCUGUUGCAUUCGGCUAUUCAAAUAUAUUUGUGACAUCACCGAGUCCGGAAAAUUUAAAAACGUUGUUUGAGUUUGUGUUUAAAGGUUUUGAUGCGUUGGAGUAUCAGGAACACUUGGACUAUGAACUGAUCCAGUCUACCAAUCCGGAAUUCAACAAUGCAGUCGUGAGAGUGAACAUCUUUCGUGAGCAUCGCCAAACGAUUCAGUACAUUCAUCCAUCAGAUGCAAUGAAACUUGGUCAAGCAGAGCUUGUGGUCGUCGACGAGGCAGCCGCCAUACCUCUUCCAUUAGUUCGCAGUUUGUUGGGACCGUAUUUGGUGUUUCUAUCAUCCACAGUCAAUGGAUAUGAAGGGACGGGUCGUUCUCUGUCUCUUAAAUUGAUCAGUCAAUUGAGACAACAAAGUGCGAAGCAAGUGAGCGCGUCUGGACAGUCGAGUUUGCGUGGAGUUAGCGGAAUGACUGUGGCUGCUGGGCGAAUGCUUUACGAGGUGACGUUAGAUGAGCCGAUUCGAUACGCCAGUGAUGACAAUGUUGAGAAAUGGUUGCAUCAGCUGCUUUGUCUUGAUGUCUCUAACAUCCCCAGGAUCGUCGUCGGUUGUCCUCUACCGAAAGACUGCUUGUUGUAUUAUGUGAAUCGGGACACGUUGUUCAGUUACAACAAAGCGUCUGAGGUUUUUCUUCAGCGUCUUAUGUCACUCUAUGUUGCCUCUCACUACAAGAAUACGCCUAAUGAUCUUCAGUUGCUGUCGGAUGCUCCUGCUCAUCAUUUGUUUUGUUUGCUGGGGCCCGUAGAUCCUGAAGCAAAUAGCUUGCCUGAUGUGCUUUGUGUACUGCAGGUGUGUCUGGAAGGUGAGAUAGCAAAGUCAAGUAUUAUGAAGAGUUUAUCACGUGGACAGAGACCAUCAGGAGAUCUCAUUCCAUGGACGAUAUCUCAACAGUUUCAAGACUCACAGUUUGGACAACUAUCUGGUGUUCGCAUUGUUCGAAUUGCUACACAUCCAGACCUUCAAGGAAUGGGUUAUGGCAGUUGUGCUCUUGAGCUUCUCAAACAGUACUACAAGGGUGAGGUCCCAAGUCUGUCUGAGGUGUCAUCAGGUGCAAGCACAGAGCUACUGAGCAGUUCGGCUCACAUAGACAGCGGCAGUUUAAUUAAAGAACAAUUGAAGCCGAGAACUAACCUUCCACCUUUACUACUGAAGUUGAGUGAAAGGCCGGCUGAACGUUUGGAUUACGUUGGUGUUGCAUAUGGUCUCACCCGAGACUUGUUGAGGUUCUGGAAGAGAGCGGGCAUGAGUGUUGUGUAUCUACGUCAGACACCGAACGAAUUGACUGGAGAACACACGUGUAUCAUGCUGCAUACGCUGACCGACAGCUCAGAUUCAGAUCAGGAGUCUGUUCGUUGGUUGCCCGCAUUUUGCUCUGACUUUAGACGACGUUUUGUGUCCUUGUUGUCAUACCAGUUCAGAAGUCUUCAAUCGUCUCUCGCUUUGAGUAUUCUGCAAGAUCGAGACAAGCAGGAGCAGCAGGUACUGGCAGCAGACGAAUUGCAGUACUGGCUGACUGAUUAUGAUUUGAAUCGCUUGGAGCUGUACAGUAAGAAUCUAGUUGAUCACCAUCUUAUUACCGAUCUUCUACCCACAGUGGCUCAGCUGCACUUUUUGAAAAAGUCAAAAUUGUCUUUGUCUGUUGUGCAAUCAGCGAUGCUUAUUGGGUUGGGGCUUCAACGUAAGACGGUGGAAGACUUGGAGAAAGAGUUGGGGCUACCUGCACAGCAAUUGCUUGGUCUUUUUAAUAGGAUAAUAAGGAAAGCAGUAAAGGUGUUUACUGAGAUCCAAACUACACGAGCUGAAAACGAGCUUGGAUUGAGGAAAGAAGUUGGUGGCGUUGAGAUGCAGCCACUAGAGAAGAGCAUUGAUGAUGAACUGGCCUCAUCUGGCAUUGAGCUCAAAGCAAAGCAUAAGAAGCAGUUGGAAGAACUAUCUAACAGUGACUUGCAUAAGUAUGUCGUAGCGGGCACAGAAGACGAGUGGCAUGAUGCUCUAUCUAAGUCAUCACCUCCAGCUGUUGUUAGCAUCAAAAGACGGGAGAAGAGACGUAAGGAAAGUAGUUUCAACGAAGAUGAUAGAAGACCUAAAAAGGCAAAGAAACACAAGUCGAAAACAAUUCGGAAGUGACGAGCUAUAGUCUGGCGGUAACUCAGUGAGUUGCCUUCUGUUGCUUUGUGAAUGGGUCACACUGUGCAUGCGAAUAGAGACAUGAGAUGGUAUAUUGAUAUCAUUGAUAUAAAUAUCAUUGAUAUCCAUUAUUGAUAUCAAUGGACGUUUGCUAGCAAGAGAGAGUGUGCAUGUGUAAGCAGUAAGUUUUGUGGUAGCAAGACAACCAACAAUGGACUGAAUGUGAAGAGAACGGCUGUGUGCAAAUGUUGCUGCCUCACUUUAUCAGUCUUAAACAUCUAGAUAUUUUUUAAAUUGAAAAAAUUAUUUGUUUGUGUCAGAGUUGUUUGUACUCUAAUGGAUC